UUUAUAUUGUCUGUUUGUUCUCCUCAGUGAGGCUUCCAAUGCUGCUGGCCAUCAUGCCAUUCCCCGUGCUGAGAUCCAUGAUGUCAAAGAUCGUAUCGAAGAACGAGCAGGGAGCGUUGUUUGCUUGCUUGGCGUGCCUGGACAGUGUGAGCAUCAGUGUGGCGAUAGCUGUGUUCAGUAGUCUCUACGCUGCCACGGUAACCUGGUACCCUGGAUUCUGCUUCCUGUUGUCUGCUGGACUCUGUGUCAUCCCCUUGGCAAUGCUAGCGGGUGUGGGGCUGCUGGGAGUGGAAGAAGGUAAAGAGGCCAAGGAGACGGAGGCCCUCAUCCCUGGAGAGGAAGGUCUCGCUGGGGAAGAGAAUGAUAAUCCUCCCCUCACCUGAGACUGGAGGCCUGGAGCACUUUUCUCUUUUCUCUCUCUAUGUCAAUGUCUGUUCUGACAGACGGAGCUACACUCUUAAUCCUCUGAGGAUAAAUCCAUCGGAGAGAUAGAUUACCUCAGGUCAACUGCUCUGCUAUUAAAGUCCUUUAGGAAAUAUGCACUAUUAGCACGUGUGUCACCCACUUACAACCUUGGAAACACUUUUAUUAUUUAGCAUGGCAGAAACAUUCUGAAAGGAAAUACAAUGUGUGAAUAUGUGCCAUGUGUAACUAUGUUUUUGCAUAUAUAUGUAUGUAUGUAUGUAUGUAUAUAUAUGUAUGUAUGUAUGUAUGUAUGUAUGUAUGUAUAUAUGUAUGUAUGUAUAUAUGUAUGUAUGUAUGUAUAUAUGUAUGUAUGUAUGUAUGUAUGUAUAUAUGUAUGUAUGUAUAUAUGUAUGUAUGUAUAUGUAUGUAUAUAUAUGUAUGUAUGUAUGUAUGUAUAUAUAUGUAUGUAUGUAUGUAUAUAUGUAUGUAUGUAUGUAUAUAUGUAUGUAUGUAUGUAUAUAUGUAUGUAUGUAUGUAUGUAUGUAUAUAUGUAUGUAUGUAUAUGUAUGUAUAUAUAUGUAUGUAUGUAUGUAUGUAUAUAUAUGUAUGUAUAUAUGUAUAUAUAUGUAUGUAUAUAUAUGUAUGUAUAUAUAUGUAUAUAUAUGUAUGUAUAUGUAUGUAUAUAUGUAUGUAUAUGUAUGUAUGUAUAUAUAUGUAUGUAUAUAUGUAUGUAUAUAUAUGUAUAUAUAUGUAUGUAUAUGUAUGUAUAUAUAUGUAUGUAUAUGUAUGUAUGUAUAUAUAUGUAUGUAUAUAUGUAUGUAUAUAUAUGUAUAUAUAUGUAUGUAUAUGUAUGUAUAUAUAUGUAUGUAUAUGUAUGUAUGUAUAUAUAUGUAUGUAUAUAUGUAUGUAUGUAUAUAUAUGUAUAUAUAUGUAUAUAUAUACACAGAACAGAUAUAUAUAUAUAUUAUAUGUGUGUGUGUGUGUGUGUGUUUUCAGAGGUAUUCAACUCUGACCCUACGAGGUCCUGAUUCCUGCUGGUUUUCUGUUCCACCUGAUAAUAAUUGCCCCCACCUGGUGUCCCAGGUUAGAGGUGGAAUUAUGGGAGAAAAGCAGUAGAACUGGCUUCCAGGUCUCUACUGUAUAUAGGGCACACUACUUUAGACCUGAUCCCUAUGCGUCCUGGUCUAAAGUAGUGCACUAUACAGGGAAUAGGGUGCCAUAGGGCCCUGGUCUAAAGUAGUGCACUAUAUAGGGAAUAGGGUGCCAUAGGGCUCUGGUCUAAAGUAGUGCCCUAUAUAGGGAAUAGGGUGCCAUAGGACUCUGGUCUAAAGUAGUGCCCUAUAUAGGGAAUAGGGUGCCAUUUUUAUGGCACAUAUUUAUGUUUUUAAUAACUGAUGCAGUCAUUCCAAUGCAUCUUAAAUCUAAUUUAAGGUUGAACUAGGUUUGUUUGGGAGGGGGUUGGUUUUUAUUUUCCUAGUCCCUGUACUCUCCUGUAUUUUCCUAGUCCCUGUACUUUCCUAGUCCCUGUACUUUCCUAGUCCCUGUACUUUCCUAGUCCCUAUACUUUCCUAGUUCCUGUAUUUUCCUAGUCCCUGUACUUUCCUGUACUUUCCUAGUCCCUGUACUUUCAUGUACUUUCCUAGUCCCUGUACUUUCCUAGUCCCUGUACUUUCCUGUACUCUCCUAGUCCCUGUACUUUCCUAGUCCCUGUACUUUCCUAGUCCCUGUACUCUCCUAGUCCCUAUACUUUCCUAGUUCCUGUACUCUCCUCAUCCCUGUACUUUCCUAGUCCCUGUACUCUCCUAGUCCCUGUACUCUCCUAGUCCCUAUACUUUCCUAGUUCCUGUAUUUUCCUAGUCCCUGUACUUUCCUAGUCCCUAUACUUUCCUAGUCCCUGUACUUUCCUAGUCCCUAUACUUUCCUAGUUCCUGUAUUUUCCUAGUCCCUGUACUUUCCUAGUCCCUAUACUUUCCUAGUCCCUGUACUUUCCUAGUCCCUGCACUUUCCUGUACUUUCCUAGUCCCUGUACUCUCCUAGUCCCUAUACUUUCCUAGUUCCUGUACUCUCCUCAUCCCUGUACUUUCCUAGUCCCUGUACUCUCCUAGUCCCUGUACUCUCCUAGUCCCUAUACUUUCCUAGUUCCUGUAUUUUCCUAGUCCCUGUACCUUCCUAGUUCCUGUACUUUCCUUGUCCUUGUACUUUCCUGUACCUUCCUAGUUCCUGUACUUUCCUAGUCCCUGUACUUUCCUAUACUUUCCUAGUCCCUGUAUUUUCCUAGUCCCUGUACUCUCCUGUAUUUUCCUAGUCCCUGUACUUUCCCGUAUUUUCCUAGUCCCUGUUCUUUCCUAGUCCCUGUUCUUUCCUAGUCCCUGUUCUUUCCUAGUCCCUGCACUUUCCUGUACUUUCCUAGUCCCUGUACUUUCCUGUACCUUCCUAGUUCCUGUACUUUCCUAGUCCCUGUACUUUCCUAGUCCCUGUACUUUCCUGUACUUUCCUAGUCCCUGUACUUUCAUGUACUUUCCUAGUCCCUGUACUUUCCUAGUCCCUGUACUUUCCUGUACUCUCCUAGUCCCUGUAUUUUCCUAGUCCCUGUACUCUCCUGUAUUUUCCUAGUCCCUAUACUUUCCUGUAUUUUCCUAGUCCCUGUUCUUUCCUAGUCCCUGUACUUUCCUGUACUUUCCUAGUCCCUGUACUUUCCUAUACUCUCCUAGUCCCUAUACUCUCCUAGUCCCUGUACUCUCCUAGUCCCUGUACUCUCCUAGUCCCUGUACUUUCCUAGUCCCUGUACUUUCCUAUACUCUCCUAGUCCCUGUACUCUCCUAGUCCCUGUACUCUCCUAGUCCCUAUACUCUCCUAGUCCCUAUACUCUCCUAGUCCCUAUACUCUCCUAGUCCCUGUACUCUCCUAGUCCCUGUACUCUCCUAGUCCCUAUACUCUCCUAGUCCCUGUACUCUCCUAGUCCCUGUACUCUCCUAGUCCCUGUACUCUCCUAGUCCCUAUACUCUCCUAGUCCCUAUACUCUCCUAGUCCCUAUACUCUCCUAGUCAUUAUCUGUAUCAUUGCAGAAGGUAAAUUAGCAAAUCGAUUGUUUGUAUUUUUAAUUACGUACAACACCAGCAGUAGGGUGUUUUCAAGUGUCUAUGCAGUAUUAACAGGUUUAAGGUAGCCUCCCUGUGCACAGAAAGGUAUGGGUCUAUGCAGUAUUAGCAGGUUUAAGGUAGCCUCCCUGUGCACAGAAGGGUAUGGGUCUAUGGGUCACGUGUUUGUUCCACCGCUUAUAACAACCUGUUCAGCACUUCCUCAAUGUUUUCUCACAGAAACGCAACAUGAUAGGCUUGUAAUAGACGCUCAAGGAAAUACCCAUUCUGUCUGGCUUGUGUAAUGAAUUCUGUCUGGCUUGUGUAAUGAAUUCUGUCUGGCCUGUGUAAUGAAUUCUGUCUGGCCUGUGUAAUGAAUUCUGUCUGGCCUGUGUAAUGAAUUCUGUCUGGCCUGUGUAAUGAAUUCUGUCUGGCCUGUGUAAUGACUCGUCAGCCCUCCCGGUGAGCCAAACUGGUUGAAAAGACCACCAGGCGGGUCGCAGAUCUGUUUGUGUUGUCUUGCCAACUCCAUUGCUGUCAUUGUCAAUGACGGCACAAACAGAUGUCUCUCAGGCUGAUGACAUGACGUUGUUGAGUUGAACCGAAUGCUGGUUGACACAUCCACUUCACUGCUACACAAUAGUUUACUUCCACUUCCAUUGAUUUGAGCGCAUUGAUCAAUAACUCAGAGAUGAUCAAUAACUCAGAGAUGAUCAAUAACUCAGAGAUGAUCAAUUGAUCGUGUAAAAACCAGCAUAGUCAAACGGAUGUAAAGGACAGUAUUGGGGGAAAUACUACUUUAGGUACAAAUGUUUUAAAUCUUUUAAUUUGAGCCAUUGGUUGUGUGCUGUUGAUUUAAAAAAUGUAUAUAAUUGAAGAAUGCCACAAAUGUUUGUGUAAUUGUAACAACAACAAAAAAGUUGUAUUUAAAAAUAUAGAUGUGUCUACAAUGUCUGACAGCCUUUAUGAAAAUCUGUGUCAUUUUUCAUCCGUUGUUGUUUUUGGUUGACAACUAAACUGUGGCUGGAUUGCAGCA